AUGGUCCGCGGGGCCGCCGGGGCGCCAAAAUCAGAGAGUGUCCGACCUGUGGGCGUACCUUUGCCAAAACUGACCACCUGGAGCGGCACAUCCGAUCUCACACCAAAGAGAAACCUUUUGUCUGUGUCAGGUGUGGUAGGAAGUAUGGUCGGCAGUAAGUGGUGCCUGCGGUUCAAGCGGAAUGGCUUUUGUGCUUACAUCUUCUUCCUUAGCGAUACAUUACUCCGGCAUCAGAAGGACCACUCGGCGGAAGAUAUCACUCUAGGUGUCGCAGAAGACAAGCACCCAGCCAGUAAUCUAUUUGGACCAGAGAGUGACCAGAGAUCGUUUUCCGCCAACCCAAUACCGCUGGACGACACGCCAAUCUUGCCAGAACAGCCCGACCCGAUACUGAUUCCCAAUAUUAACUCGUCUCUGAGCGUGUCGGACCCCGAUUACCUCAAGGAUGGGAAAGAUUAUCAAGGGAGCCAAAUGGCCAGCAACACAUCCACCGACGUGUACUCGAAUCCGGUCCCCUCGGACCAGUCGGGGAGCGGAUUUGACACGGCGAUCGACGUCUUCAACUUCGAUUUCGAGGCCCAGUUCCCUUCCUGGCUGGUGGACAGCGACUUGCACGGGGGGAUCCUGGACACUCCCCUUGUCGCGACCAUGGCGGAAUUGCGUCCUGCUUGGCCAGAAAGCCCCUACGCCACGUUUGGUUCGAGCAGCUACAAACCCGUCUCCAACACGAAGAGGCUCUGGUUCCUAGCCAACGAUGAUGCCCUGGAUGAAGUGACACGCUCAGGCCCUGCAACGCCUCCCGGAUCCCGGGACGAAGUCGACGACACGUAUCGCCAGACCUUGACGCAAAGUCUCCAAAUUCGCCAGAUCCACGAACAGACACUGCCGUCGGCGGACUUUCUGAAUCUGUGCGUCAGGUCGUAUUUUGCACGGUUUCAUCCAGUGUUCCCGGUGGUGCAUGCGCCCACAUUCCGUCCUUCCAAGGCAAAUUCCAUGGUGCUGUUGUCAAUAUGCUCCGUUGGCAGCCUUUUCACAGGCAGCGUGCAUGCCAUUCGGCAGGGGGUACAUAUAUUCGAGAGACUGCACAAGGCUGUCCUUGCAAAUUGGGACCGACUCGUUGCCCAAGGCGUAGAUCAACGAAUCUCUCUCAUCCAAACAGCCAUCAUUGGACAGACCUUUGGUUUACUUUCUGGAGAGCCGAGACAUCUUGCCAUUGUCGACGCCUUCAAUGGAACCUUGAUUUCGUGGGCGCGACGUUGGUCGACCUUCAGAACGAAGAAGAUGAUAGGACUCGACCUCAAUGUCGACUCCCUAGAACUCGACAAGAUUUGGAGGGAAUGGGCUAAGAAUGAAGAACUGAUCCGGAUUGCGCUCAGUGUGCACAUACACGACGCGGAACUUGCCGCCAUGUUCCAUCACGAACCGUUUCUCCGCCACAAUUCCAGACAGCUGCCGGUCGCGGCAUCAAAUCAAACGUUUAUGGCUACUCGACCGGAAGACUGGCGCCAGUCGUAUCUCAAUGACCCCAGCAAUUUCGAAACCCUCAAUUCCACCCCAGCGUCGAUCGAUGCGCACCUGGAUUUCGACCUGGCUGCCAUCCCCGGCAACAGCUACUUCACAGCGUAUACGGUCCUGGAGGGCAUAUGUGCAAACAUUGUUGAAAGCCGAAUCAAUGCUCGUUCCACGCCAUCGAGGACAGAAGACUUCUUGAACAUCUUGGCGUCCUUUUAUCGAAACUUCUUGCAAGAAUCGGCUGCCUGGGAAGCGGAUCACAUGGACAUGAGCAUCCUCUGGCAUCUGGCCUUCAUGAUCAUGUUCGCCGAUUUUGAUCUCCUGGAGAGAGCGAUUGGUCGAAAUGGACCUGACCUCUCACCUGAGGACCAACUUGCCGUGACGGCUUGGGCGAACUCCGACCAGGCCAAAAGAUGCGUGAUUCACGGGCUGAUUGUGCAGAAGAAAUUGGAAAGUCUCCCACUAGGCUUUGAGCCGGCAAUCCACGUGCCCAGGGCCAUGUUCAGAGCGGGAGUCGCCUGGUUUUGCUACACUCGGUUUGGUUCUCAAGCCGCUGGUCAGCGAUCAGCCGGCGCCGCCGAGGCCCUGGAGUUUCCAGAAUUCAAAACCAUCGGCGUCAAUCCUGCAAAGUUGCUUUUCCAAGCGAGCGGAUACAAGCACGGAAAGCCUACUACGACCGAGACUAAUGCAGCCCUGAGCGGACUGACCGAUCUCUUGAGGCGGAUUGGGCAUUGGGAAAUUGCGAGACGGUUUGCCGCCAUUCUGGGUGCUCUCUUACACAAUGAAGCCGACUAA